UCGCCGUCUACUAAAACUUAAUUAAGGCCACUGCUCGUGCUCUCGUCCUGUUCCUCUCCCCACUCCCACCAUUUCUCGGCUUCCCCUGAUUUUUUUAUUCUGAUAAAUUGUCUGUGCUUGGGGAAGCAUCAAUCAAGGGCCUGAUCUGGUGGGAGACCCAUGGUGGAAGGGAUGGUAGUCGCCGUGCCGAACGGGGUGAAGGCGGAAGUCGCCCCCGCCGCUGCCACGGCAGAUUCUCCUAAAUCCGUUCUGGAGGAAGAGAAAAUUUCUGACCCCAAGAACGGGAACGCCUCCCUUGCCACUGAGCCAACUAAGCAAGAGGAGAGCUCGGAUGAUUUUGUGGAUGCAAGCUCGUCCCUGCCUGUUGAUCUUGAAAUCGAUAGUGCUAGUAAGCACCCUGUCAAGGAGGAAGAGCAGCUUCUGGAGCCCGUCAAGGAGGAGGAAGUUGAUGGUUUCGUGGAUGAAAGUUUAUCUAUGCCUAUUGACCUUGAGGCCAAGAAUGGCGAUGCAUCGAUGAUCACAGAAGCAAUGAAGAAGGAAGAGGAGCAGCUUGAGGAGGUGCGGAUUAAGGCAGAGGAAGAAGAGGAAGCCAGGAAGAGGGAAGAAGCUACAAGACUUGCUUUUGAUCCUGAGGCUAAAUAUAGCAAGUUAGAUGAGUUGCUGACGAAGACGCAACUCUUUUCAGAGUUUUUACUCCAGAAAAUGGAUCAAAUCGCUGAUGAAGUUGUUGAACCUCAAGCUGAAGAGCCACCGGCAGAAGAAAAGAAGAAAGGACGUGGCCGGAAGAGGAAAGCUAAAGCUGUGCCCCAAUACAAUGAUAAAAAGGCUAAGACGGCAGUGGCAGCCAUGCUUACAAGAUCUCGUGAAGAACGCCUUGCUGACGAUUGUACUCUCUCAGAAGAAGAAAGGUGGAAAAAAGAGCAAGCCAAUCUUGUGCCUUUAAUGACUGGUGGGAAUUUGAAGUCAUACCAGAUAAAGGGUGUGAAGUGGCUAAUUUCAUUGUGGCAGAAUGGGCUCAAUGGGAUACUGGCUGACCAAAUGGGCCUUGGGAAAACAAUCCAAACAAUUGGAUUUCUUGCUCAUCUGAAAGGGAAAGGAACGCAUGGUCCAUACAUGAUAAUUGCUCCUUUGUCCACUCUCUCGAACUGGGUGAAUGAGAUCUCGAGGUUUGUUCCAUCUGUUACUAGUAUCAUUUAUCAUGGAGAUAAAGUGGCCCGGGCUGAGAUAAGAAGAAAAUUCAUGCCUAAAACUAAAGAUGCUGUUAGCCCUGAUUUUCCGAUAGUAGUGACUUCAUAUGAGAUGGCCAUGUCAGAUGCAAGAUUUCUUGCUCACUAUAAGUGGAAGUAUGUUGUUGUGGAUGAGGGGCAUCGUUUGAAAAAUUCUAAGUGUAAAUUGUUAAGGGAGAUAAAGCGCAUACCAAUGGAUAAUAAGCUCCUUUUGACUGGGACACCCCUUCAGAACAAUCUUGCAGAGCUGUGGUCACUACUUAACUUCAUUUUGCCUGAUAUAUUCUCAUCACACGAGGAAUUUGAAUCAUGGUUUGAUUUUUCUGGAAAAGCAAGUGAAGAAAAAGAAGAAACUGAGGAGAAAAGGAGGGUUCAUGUUGUUUCAAAGCUUCAUGCCAUUUUGCGUCCAUUCCUUCUAAGGAGGAUGAAAGAGGAUGUAGAGCAGAUGCUUCCACGAAAGAAAGAGAUAAUCAUUUAUGCUAACAUGACAGAACUUCAGAAGCGAAUCCAGGAUCACUUAGUUGAGAAAACAUUUGAUGUCUACUUGAAUGAAGAAUCAGAUAUUGUGUUGCGGAGACCUGGCAUUAAGGCAAAGCUAAAUAGUCUCUUUAUUCAACUAAGGAAGAAUUGCAGUCAUCCUGAUCUUUUGGAAGCUGCAUUUGGAACAACAAUCCUGUAUCCACCUGUUGAUAAGCUUCUAGAGCAAUGUGGCAAAUUUCAGCUUCUGGACAGAUUACUAACUUCGCUACUCGCACGAAAGCACAAGGUUCUAAUAUUUUCACAAUGGACAAAAAUUUUGGACAUUAUUGAGUAUUACCUAGAUUCAAAAGGCCUCGAGGUUUGCAGAAUUGAUGGUAGUGUUAGUUUGGAAGAGAGAAGGAGGCAGAUAGCAGAAUUUAAUGACUUGAAUAGCAAUCUGAAUGUCUUCAUUCUGAGCACACGGGCUGGCGGGCUUGGUAUCAACCUUACUUCUGCUGAUACUUGUAUCCUAUAUGACAGCGAUUGGAAUCCUCAGAUGGAUCUGCAGGCCAUGGAUCGAUGCCACCGGAUUGGUCAGACACGCCCAGUGCAUGUAUAUAGGCUGGCAACAUCACAUUCUGUUGAGCUUUGCGUCAUUGCAGGGGCGGAUCAUCAAGAAAGCUUUUGGGAAGUUGAAACUAGAGCACGUAGUGAUAGGGAAGGGACAGUUUGAACAAGAGAGAGCAAAACCUAACGUCUUAGAGGAAGGGGAGCUGCUGGCACUGCUCAGGGACGAGCAGGCCGAGGAAGACAAGAUGAUCCAGACCGACAUCAGCGAUGAAGAUCUCUUGAAGCUGAUGGACCGGAGCGACCUGUCAGGACCGCCUGGUGCUGUCGACGCCGCACCACUGAUCCCUCUGAAAGGCCCUGGCUGGGAGGUCGUGGUGCCCACGAAGAGUGGCGGCGGCAUGCUCUCGUCGCUCACCAGCUGAGCGCUGGUGCUGUGUUUUGGCUGCACAUCAGGCGAUAUUUUUCACAUAUGCCCUGGAAAAAACUGUUGAACGGGGUGUUGCGCCUGCAGCAAGUGGAUUAGGCGAUGUUGGGGUAUAGCCCCUGGAAGCUGCGUUCUGACGUGAGCUGUGUGCUCUUCUGGUGCUGCAUUUGCGUUUGCGGCGUGGUACAUGCACUAGUUGGUGGUGGAGCCUGUAAACCUCGAAAACAGGUUUGGAUGCCUGUGUAUGGUACCAGUGUAACUUGGGCAAGGUUGUAGGUUCGGGCGUUUAAACUGUGAUGCCUUAGAGCACUUACAUACGGUGGCCCUUUUGAAUUCACUUGCCAAUGCCACGAAUUGAAAGCCAAGGCUCAUUGCUACAAGGCUGAGAAAUGUAAACCAUGAGGCACAAUGAGGAUGUUCCAGGCGUUAGCUUUUGCGGCA